AUGUUCUCAUACACAACGCGCUCUGCGAUCAGGGCUAGCAAGCACCUGAGGGUGCCCGUUCCCUUUCGAUCGCUAUCAUCCCCAAGCCAAUCGAACGCGCCCUCUUCGGAACCGGUGACCACUCCCCAGGCUGGCCCUGUACCGACUCUUAAAAAGGGCCUCCCGGAUGCCGAGAAGCCUUCCGAACCCCAUGUGCAAGAAUGGUCUCAGCGGUUACGAGCUCUUGGUGAGGAUACUCGACUACCUCGAAGCGUGCAGGCGAUCUACUCGCGACCACUUCGGAGGAAGGCGGAGUACGGCCUCCCCGUGUGCGACCUUCAAUUGCGAUCAUACAGUGUUCAAAACGUUGAAUUCUUCGCCGAUUUCGCCAUCCGCGCCGCCUAUUAUCUGAAUCUUCCCGUUUCCGGUCCCGUGCCUCUUCCUCGCAUCGUUGAACGCUGGACCGUCCCGCGAAGCAACUUCGUGCACAAGAAGAGCCAAGAGAACUUCGAGCGAAUCACUCUUCGCCGGCUGAUUCAGAUCAAGGAUGGCAACCCGCAGGCGGUACAGGCAUGGCUUGCCUUCCUUCGAAAACACGCCUUCUACGGAGUCGGUAUGAAGGCAAACGUUUGGGAGCAUGACAGUCUCGACGUCGGCAAAUCCAUGGAUGCGUCUCUUUCAGAAAUUGAGAAAACCCUCGGCCCACACCUUCAGCAUUUCGGACAGCGAGAGGACAACUCGGGCAACCAGAGCAUAUUCGACGCUUUGGACAGCGAUCGUGCCUCGAGAUUUGCAGGUGGAAGAGUCUGCCGUGUCCGGCCAACAACUCCUUCAAUUCAACCGAGCAAUUGGUAUCGUCCCGCCAGCUCGAGCGCGACGCCAGCUGCCCAGGGGUCUGUAAUCUUCUCCGGUAUUCAGCCGACCGGGGUUCCGCAUCUGGGUAAUUACCUAGGUGCUCUUAAUGAAUGGGUAAAGUUGCAGAACAAUGCAAAGCCUGGGACCAAAUUGUUCUUCUCCAUCGUGGACCUUCACGCAUUGACAAUACCUCAAGAAGCAGCCCAGUUGAGGAAAUGGAGAAGGGAGGCAUUUGCUACACUGUUGGCUGUGGGCCUUGAUCCCAAGAAAUCAACCAUCUUCUAUCAAUCUGCAGUCCCGGCGCAUGCCGAGCUGAUGUGGAUUCUCAGCACGGUGGCUUCCAUGGGAUAUCUUUCUCGGAUGACUCAGUGGAAGAGCAAGCUUCAGCUGCCCGAUGACGCCUCUCUGGACGAUUCGGAGGCUCGGGCUCAGCUUCGGCUCGGUCUUUUCUCAUACCCUGUUCUCCAGGCCGCAGAUAUCCUCGUCCAUCGAGCCACCCAUGUCCCAGUUGGCGAAGAUCAGCGACAGCAUCUUGAAUUUUCUCGAUAUACUGCGAAUAGUUUCAACCACCUUUACGGGCCGAUUUUCCCUGUUCCGGAAGCAUUGAUCUCUCCUGCAAAGCGAGUGAUGUCUUUGAAGGAGCCCACAUCUAAGAUGUCCAAGUCUCAUGCCGAUGAACGAUCCCGAAUCAUUCUCACAGACUCACCCAGCGUCAUUCACAAGAAAGUGAAAAUCGCCCUUACGGAUUCGGAGCCAACGGUCACCUACGAUCCGGUGCAUCGACCAGGAGUGUCCAACUUGAUCGAAAUCCUGAGUCAUUUCGAGGGUAGAUCAUGUGAGAGUAUUGCCGCUGAAUACCAUACCACGAAUCUACGUGCCUUGAAGGAACAUGUUGCCACUCAAGUCGCCUACCACCUACGGGAUAUUCGAGAGCGGUAUAUUUCCAUUAUGGACGACAAGAGCGAUUAUCUAGUCUCAGUUGCUCAGCAGGGGGCUGAGGCUGCGCAGGUCAACGCCGGUGUGACCAUGCGACAAAUCCGGGACGCGAUGGGCUUGUAA